ACUGUGCUUUCAAAAUAAUCAAAACUGCUGCAAAGUGGGCCAAAGGAUAUUAAAAAAACAACGUGAGUAAUGGCAAGAAAGAAAAGCAAGCAGCAAGGGAUCGCCCAGAAGGAGCUGGUACCUGGACAGCAGACCAUAUCGAAGAACCCCGUCUCUCCCGGCGAUGCAGCUGGCGGCGGCGGAGGAGAUGCGGGGCUGGAUAGAUUGGCCACCAGGGCGAACCAGCCUAUGCACACGUGCUGCCUCCUCUGCCACCGUGAAUUUAAAGACUGGGGCGCAAGCUCUGUGAACGGGCUCCCCGGCAGCCAUGGAGCCAAGCUUGCUGAUGCUGUACCAGCGCUUUCCCAGGCUUUGCUGCGGGAAGUGCCAGGGCGUAAGCUUGCUGAUGCAGUGCCCUCACUUUCCCAAUCGCUGCUGGGAGAAGUGCCUCUCUGGAUCUGUCAAAGCUGUCGGAAGAGUGUGGAAGAGGACGAAAGGCGGAGCAACCAGGAGCAGCCUACACCGGUACCGUUGUCACAUUCAUCUUCUUGCAAGUCCCAAAACUGUGGGAAUGGUUAUCCGGAGCAGAGUUCUGUGGACUGGGAUCCCAGCUCUUUCCUGUCAGCCCACAAGCUUUCAGGUCUUUGGAACUCUGCCUACACCAAUGGAGGGAUCCACUGUAACCACAAUCUUUCCUCUCACUCGCAGCAAGGUGUACUGGGAGGAUCAGCUUGUCAUGACAAAAGAGGCACUCAUGAGGCACCUGGGAAAUCUGCUAAAACAACAGGGCCCAAAGUGUGUCCUUACAGUCACCCCUCAACCCAGAAUUCCAGCGGUUCUUCUGCUGGGAACCCCACAUCUACCUCAGCGGACCUUUGUAAGACCACCCCUAAGCACUUCAAGACCAUGUGCCGUCGACCAACCCCACCAGGUGAAGCCUUCCACCCCAGUGACCAUCACCAACAUUCGGACCUAUCUGUACCCCCAAAUAGUCCCACUGGCCUGUCUUCCCAGCAUUCCACUCCCUUGCCCCCUAAGCAGAGCUCUGGGCAGCAUGGCCAUGUCACCUCCUCCUCCAGCCCUGGGGUGGCAUCCCAUGCUCCUUUCUCCCCUCUGGUACCAAAUCUCCACAGCCCUACAGGCAAGCUCAGCUCUUCUGGUUCUGACAGCCCCACAUCUCUCCAUAAGCCAAGCCCUUGCAAGAACUCCCACAUUUCUGCAGUCAACACACAGCACAGUAAACUGGGAAACUCUCUCAUGGGCUGUAACCAUCCCUGUAAUGGACACACUGGGGGAACAGUGGCUUCUUCCACUGUAGGCCAUCUAACAGCUGGGGCCUGCAGAGACCAGGCAUGUAAAGGGCACAAAUUGGCUAAUGGAACAUUGUGCCACCCUCCAUCAGAGCUAGAGGAGGGAGAAGAUGAGGAUAGUAGCUCCGAGAGGAGCUCCUGUGCUUCUUCCUCCACAAAUCAGAAGGACGGGAAAUAUUGUGACUGCUGCUACUGCGAGUUCUUUGGACACAAUGCGCCUCCAGCUGCACCAACAAGCCGUAACUAUGCUGAGAUCCGAGAAAAGCUCCGUUCUCGUCUGACCAGGCGUAAAGAGGAGUUGCCUCAACGUCAGGACUCUGACCUCACAGUGGCAAGUGCCAUUGACAACCGGGAUGUGGAUGAGCUGCUAGACUUCAUCAACAGUUCUGAGCCCAAACCUGUCAAUAGCGCUAAGGCUGCCAAACGGGCCCGACACAAACAGAAGAAGAAGGAAAAGGCCCUGCAGGGCAGCAUGGAAGCUGCAGGCAGCGACCCCAACUCCACUUUGUCGGAACCUGUUGACGAGCCUGUUACCGAUGGAUCUGAAGCCAGCCGGUUGCUGGAUUGGCCUCAGAUGGAACUGGAGCGUGUCAACAGCUUUCUCACCAGUCGGCUGGAAGAGAUUAAGAAUACCAUCAAAGACUCAAUCCGGGCCUCCUUCAGCAUGUAUGACCUCAAUUUGGAUGUCAAUGACUUUCCAAAGAAGGCAGCCACCCUAGAAGUUAACCAUUUACUGUCCCACCUCAAUGGUUCUUCUGACCUGCAACAAAUAGACCUUGACUUGGCCCCUCUUUCACUGGGAACCUUUAAGAGCCACCUGGACCUGGUUAACGGAUGGGAGGACCCUGGCACUAUCUCAUCCCCCAAUUCCACCGCUGCAACAGCAGCGGUUGCUGCUGGGCCUAAGGACAACCAACGACUGCAUGCAACUCCUAGCCUGUCCAAGCUCAACCGGGUUCGUUCCCCAGACAGAUGCACUUCCGCUGGAUCUGAAGGCAUCCCACAAGUUCCAGCCCAAGGCCCACCAACAGCAAAAUCUAAAGAGGAGGCCCCAGAUCCCAAGACCAAUAAUUCUGGGUUCAGUACUGCUAAGUCAAAGAAGAGUAAAAAGCAGCAACAAAGGCAGGAGCUGACAGUGUCGGAGCAGAAUCCCACCAAAGGCACCAAAGCAGUCUUUGUGAAUGAAACAUACAAAACCAAUGAAUCUAGGGGGGCUGAAAUGGGCUCUAGUGGCUCAAAAGCUGGGAACAAACAACUUCAGCAUUCUGCAGACAACCAGAAAAAUGGGCCCAAGAAAGCUGAGGAGGGCAGGUCAUCCAGACUAGUGGCCAAUGGAGCUUUAAGUGGGCUCUCUAAUGUACAAAGGGGGAGAAGUGACACGGAGACACGAGGAGGUCGAUCUGAGCAGGAUUCAGAUGGAAAGGCUAACCACACCACUCAAGCAAAUGGGCAGCAAUCCAAAGGAAAAAACAAGAAGAACAAGAACAAGGGAGAAAAACCCAGCAUUGCUAUUGAUGAUGUAUUUCUCCCCAAAGAUGUUGAUCCAACAGAAAUGGAUGAGAUUGACAGGGAGGUGGAAUACUUCAAAAGGUUUUGCCUUGAUUCUGCAAAACAAACCCGCCAGAAGGUAGCAGUGAACUGGUCCAACUUUAGCCUCAAAAAGGUUCCUUCAAAUGCAGCUCAAUAACAUGGAAGCGUGCCAG